UCUCUUUCUCUCUUCAUCGUUCCCUCCCCGAGCUCUCUCUCUAACGAGCGCUAGGGUUUACUUCUUCUCCGAUCUCGAAUCCAGCGAUCGGCACCAUGUUAUCCACCGAUUCGGAGCACCUCGCCGGCGCUGAGAUCCAUGGAUUCCAUAACACAGCAGAUUUGGAUGUAGAGGGAUUGAUGGAGGAAGCGGCGAGUAGGUGGUUCCGUCCGAAUGAGGUUCAUGCUUUGCUUUCUAAUUACACUCGGUUUAAGCUUCAACCCAAGCCCGUUGAACUUCCCCCAAGUGGCACUGUUAGGUUUUUUGAUCGGAAAAUGUUGCGCAACUUCCGAAAAGAUGGCCAUAAUUGGAAGAAGAAGAAGGAUGGAAAGACUGUUCAAGAAGCACAUGAGAAACUAAAAAUUGGUAAUGAAGAAAGGAUCCAUGUGUACUAUGCACGCAGUGAGGAUGAUCCCUGCUUUUAUCGUAGGUGUUACUGGCUUCUUGAUAAGGAUUUGGAACGAAUAGUUCUUGUGCAUUAUCGUCAGACAUCAGAGGAAAACAUAAUUCAACAACAUCCGGAGUCAGUGGAAUGUGAGGGGGAUUUGGCUGGGAACGUUGUCAAGCAUAUUGAUUCCCCAAUAGCACCGGUGGAUUCAAGUAGUGGUUCAGCCCAAUCAGAAAUGUCUACUUCCGGAGUUAUGUCUGAAGAAAUUAAUUCUAGAGGUGAUCCUGAAACAAAUACUGGGUAUGGUACAUCACAGUUCGAGAAAGUCAAUGAACUUACGAAUCAUGAGUUAACACUUCAUGAGAUCAACACACUGGAAUGGUCAGAUCUGGUGGGGGGAUCGCCCUAUGUGGAUUUUGCCUCAGACAGAGGAGGUGAUGUUUCUGCAUUAGAACAACCAUCACACCGAGAAGUAAAUAAUAUCAUUAAUAAUGGAAGCCUUUCUUGUUCCCAAGGUAUUGGUAGCUGCCAACCAAAUGCUCCGUGUAGUGAUAAUGGUAUCUUUGGAAUUAAUGGAGCCACUAUCGGGAAUUUUCAAUUGUUGGAGAAUCAACAGGGACCGGCACAAUCGUUUGGAGCUGCAAGUAGCCAUUAUCAAUCAAGUGAAAUCAGGUUACCUGAGGAUGUCAGUGAAACGGUGGGAUUCCCUAAGCAGAAUAAUUUGGAAAGGUGGGAUUCCAUUGGCUUUUUCAAUGAUCUACAACUUGACAGCGAAUUUUUAAAUCCAGAUUCAGCUGUUACAGAAAAUGACCCCUCAGCUCAAGAGCUAUUCUGCAUUGUAGACAUCUCACCUGCGUGGGGGUAUUCCACAGAGGAAACUAAGGUUUUAGUGAUUGGGGGUUUUCCUGAAUCACAAAAACAUUUAGCAGGACAUGAGAUUUGUUGCAUUGUUGAUGGGACAUGUGUUCCUAUGGAAAUCGUCCAGGCAGGAGUUUAUCGGUUUACUGCACAGCCCCAUAUGCCUGGCUUGGUUGAUCUUUAUUUGACAAUUGAUGGGUAUACGCCCAUUAGCCGGGUUUGCAGUUUUGACUACUGCUCUACUGCUCUGUUGCCUGGUGGGAUUCCAUCAGAAGUUAAGAAUGCUGAGGCCAAGUGGAAAGAUUUUCAGAUCCAGAUGAGGCUUGCUCAUUUGCUCUUCUCUUCUACAGACAACCUAUCUGUUAUGUCUAACCGAGUAAAGCCAGGCAACUUGCAGGAGGCAAAGAAAUUUGCUUCAGCAACAUCUCCUUUAGUGGAAAAGGGCUGGGCAAAUAUGAUCAAGUCAACUUCUGAUAAUAAGGAUUCGUCCUCCAUUGAUACUCAGGGAUUGUUUGAGCUGAUUUUGAGAAAUAAAUUACAAGAAUGGCUGUUGACAAAAAUAGUUGAUGGAUGUAAAAAAACCCCCCUUGAUUCACAAGGUCAAGGAGUUAUCCAUCUCUGUGUUAUUCUGGAUUACGUGUGGGCUAUUCAUUUGUUUUCACUGUCAGGCUUGUCAUUGGAUUUCCGUGAUGCUUCUGGUUGGACGGCAUUGCAUUGGGCUGCAUCUCUUGGGAGGGAAAAGAUGGUCGCUGCUCUUUUGUCUGCUGGGGCAAAUGCAAGCUUGGUUUCAGAUCCGACUCCAGAAUGUCCAGGAGGGUGUCUUGCUGCUGAUCUUGCAUCUAAUGGGGGGUUUGAUGGAUUGGCUAUAUACCUUUCAGAAAAGGGACUAACAGCACAUUUCCAGGCCAUGUCCUUGUCAGGGAACAUUAGCGGACCAACAGCACCCGCUUCAAGUAGUCUAACAAGAUAUGAAAGUAUCGAGCAUCUCAGUGAACAAGAACUCUGUUUGAAAGAUUCUUUAGCAGCAUAUCGGAAUGCUGCUGAUGCGGCUGAUCGCAUACAAGCUGCAUUUCGAGAGCGAGCAUUGAAGCUAAAAACAAAAGCCGUCCAGUUGGUUGAACCUGAGUUGGAAGCCAAGGCAAUAGUUGCUGCUCUGAGGAUUCAGCAUGCCUACCGUAGCCACAAUAGGCGCAUAAUGUUGAAGGCUGCAGCACGAAUACAGGGACAUUUCCGCACCUGGCAGGCCAGAAGGAAUUUUCUUAACAUGAGAAAGCAGGUUAUCAAAAUCCAAGCUGCUUUUAGAGGCUACUGUGCUAGAAGACACUACACUAAAAUAGUUUGGUCAGUUGGAAUACUUGAGAAGGCAGUUCUACGGUGGCGUUUGAAGAGGAAAGGCCUACGAGGUAUCCAAGUAGAAGAACCAGAGACAAUGAAAGUAGACAAGGAACAAGAAAGUGUAGUGGAGGAGGAUUUCUUUCUGGUUGGUCAGGAGCAAGCUGAAGAUCGGAUAAAUAGAUCCGUUGUGCGUGUCCAGACCAUGUUUCGUUCUUAUCGUGCCCAACAGGAGUACCGGAGAAUGAAGCUGGCCUGUGAAGAGGCAAAGUUGGAGUUCGGUGAACUUCUCCAGUGAACACAGAUGAAUCAGUGAAACAUGUUUUCAGCUAUCACUAUCUGAAGCAAAAGGAUGACUGUUCUUACAAGUGCAAACCUGGCCAUGGUUCUUCUGCUUUAGCCUUAUAGAAAUUUGACCAUUUCCCGCAAUUAUGACUGUGGAUGUAUAAUGUUAGCCUGUAUAUUUAUCUAUUCACAGGUUUCUCUUAGAGUGUAGAAAUAAUGUUCUGCAGUCAACCUAGUCAGCUUCGGCAUCAUGCCAAUUGUACAUGUGUUUUUCUAGCCUUUUUCGAUUGAUGUUUGGUGUGUGCAAUAUCUCUGGGAAUUGGUCAAUGUAAAAUGAAAUGCAUAUUGUGUUCUGAUUGCAAGUUAGGUUGUUAUUUAUUG